GUUUACGUCGCCAGGAAUAGCCAUUUUCGGAUUUUCGUCCUUUCUCCACUCCGUGGCAUGAAUGAUCGCAACCCUUCGUCCUCGCCGGUGACCCAAGCGACGCUUGACAUUGCCCAUGAACAUUUGCUCGACGGCUUCGCGUCGCCGACGACGUCGUAUGCCGCCCUUGAGCCUGGCGUCCACGCACCGGACGCGGCGGCCCACGAAGCUGCGGCUCUCGAGGAGCGUGAGCAUAGCUUGCGCCACUUGUCCGCCGUCGAGCGGUCGCUUGUCGAGGACGUACAGCAAACGCGCCGUACGUUGUCGCAACUCCACCUCGAAAACCAAGACGAGGCGGCGACCGCUGGCGAUGGAGCUACCCUCUGGUACACCCUUUCCCCGGAAGAUUGUGCGGUCAAGUUGUCGUCGAACCUCACGUCUGGGCUGACGACCGCCGACGCCGACAAACUCCUCGAAGUGUACGGCCGCAACGAGCUCGACCAAGUCAAGCCCCAAAGCGCCCUUACGACGUUCUUGAUGCAGUUUGUCAACUUGAUUGUGAUCAUGCUGAUCAUUUCAGCGAUUGCGUCGCUACUCAUCGGCCACACGGCGGAAGGUAUCGUUAUCUUGUUCAUCGUGACUCUCAACGCGUCCAUCUCGACCUACCAAGAGAAGAGUGCGGAGAGCUCCAUGGCUGCACUCGCCAAGUUGUCGUCGCCCACGUGUGUCGUUGUUCGCGACGGCACGCAGGCGGUGCUCGAGACGGCCCGUCUAGUGCCGGGGGACGUGAUCAAGCUUGUGCCGGGGGACCUUGUGCCUGCCGACAUUGUGCUCGUCCAAAACUCGGAUUUCUUUGUGAGCGAAGUGUUGUUGACUGGCGAGUCCAAGGACGUGGCCAAGACCGCCAAGUACGUCACGGACGCGGCCGCGGGAUUGACGACCGAGACUUUACUGCCGACCAACAUGUGCUUUUCCAGCACGACCGUGACCGAAGGCAAUGCCACUGGCGUCGUUGUGGAGACGGGCAUGUCGACCAAGGUCGGCCGCAUCGCGCGUCUGCUCAAAGGCUCGUCGGCGAAAGAUGCGGACGAAUCCAAGACUGAAAAGCCCAGUGCCAUUCGCAGCUUUGUCAACAAGGUGCGGCAGCCAUUCCUCGACCAAAAAGCCAACGAAACCCCAUUGCAAGCCGCGCUCCACCGUGUCGGUGUGCUCAUGGGCAUGGGCGCGAUCACCAUUUGCGUCGUCGUGUUCUUUGUGGGCUUGAUUCGCCAAACGAGGGACCCCACCAACCCGGAUCGAUCCGUGGCUCUGACCAUGUUGUUGGUUGCCGUGUCGCUAGCCGUGUCGGCGAUCCCGGAGGGCCUUCCCAUGGUCGUCACGAUCUGCCUGACGGUCGGUACGUCGGACAUGGUUAAGAAGAACGUUGUCGUGCGCCGUCUGGCGGCAGUCGAAACCCUCGGCUGCGCGUCCGUCGUAUGUACCGACAAGACCGGCACCCUCACGGAAGGCAAGAUGACUGUGGUCAAAGUGUGGGGCGAUUUCCUGACCUACGUUGUCACGGGCAAGGGCUUUGCCCCCACUGGGGACGUCCUGCUCGAUGGCAAGCCAGAACAGUCGUGGGUUGGCACAAACACCGACACGAAGGACGCUGCCAAGACCAACGUCCAGCUGCUGAGUACACUUGGUAUGGCAGUGUUGUGCAGCAACACCGUGCUAACCCAGACAAGCGACGACGAUUCGGGCGACGACUCGCCAGCGAAUGGACGGUGGACAUGCGUCGGCAACGCUUCCGAAGCGCCGUUGGUCGUGUGCGCGGCCAAGCUUCGCAUCUGGAAGGACAACUUGGACGCGCAACAUCCUCGCGUUGCCCAAAUUGCGUUCUCGAGCAAGACCAAGAUGAUGGUGUCGAUCCAUUCGGUCAAUGAAACCCACGACCAUGGGUUCAUGGCCUUGCCCAACAUGCAUCCCCCGCACAUGCACGGAGGAGCCGCGUACACGGCGUUCAUUGGGAUUGCCAAGGGUGCACCCAACAAGAUUGUGGACCUGGCGACGCACAUCCUUGGAAAGGAUGGACAAGUUCGACCGUUGACGCCGUCGGACAAGAACGCGAUCAUGAAGUUUGUCGACGACACGUCGAGCGAAGCGCUGCGUGUGUUGGCUGUGGCGUACGCGUGGCUGGACGCGGUGCCAUGGGAAAAACCGGACGGGUCGGCGAACGCGUUGGAAACGGAAGGCAAGUUGGCGGCGUUCACGUCGGCCGCGACUUCGUCCCAAUUUGUCCUUGCGGGUCUGUUUGCGUCCGUCGAUCCCGAGCGCGACGGGGUCAAGGAGUCUGUGCAAAUGUCGCGGGAUGCUGGGAUCCGCACCGUCAUGAUCACGGGCGACUACCUCAAGACGGCCAUUGCCAUUGCCAAGAACAUCAACUUGUUUGGCGAGAACUCGAACGCUUCGGACGACUACCACCGCAUUGACAUGGACAAGCCGGAGCACCUGACUGCGGUGGACUGCACCGCCCUGCGUCCGCAUGGAGCGUAUCUGUCGAAUGAAGAGAUCGACGCGUUGACGGCUCGUACGGUUGUGUUUGCUCGCGCUCAACCCGAGGACAAGCUCGAGAUCGUCAAGUCGCUCCGCCGUCAAGGCCUUGUGUCUGCCAUGACUGGCGAUGGCGUGAACGAUGCCCCGGCCUUGAAGGAGGCGGACAUUGGUGUCGCGAUGGGGAUCACGGGCACGAGUGUGGCCAAGGGCGCGUCGGACAUGGUGUUGUCGGACGAUAACUUUUGCUCGAUCGUUGCCGCCGUCGAACGCGGCCGCGUCAUCUACGCCAACAUUCAAAAGCUCGUUGUGUUUUUGCUUUCGACCAACGUGGGUGAAAUCCUCCUCAUCUUGACGACGAUCGUUGUCGGGAUGCCGAUUCCACUCGAGCCGUUGCAAAUUCUCAUGCUCAACUUGCUGUCGGACGGGAUGCCGGGUGUGGCGUUGAGCAUGGAGCGCGGCGACUCGUCCAUUAUGUCUCAGCCGCCGCGCCCCAAGAAACAGCACAUCAUCCAUGGCAAGACGCUCAUGGUGAGCAUCGUGGGCAAUGCGCUCAUCAUCUUCCUCGUCACGCUCGGCGUGUACUCGACGGCUCUCUUCUUUUCGGUGGGAGGCGUGCUUCAAGCCGACUUGCUCGAUGUGGACCGGUUCACGAGCGCGGACUAUCAUCCGGUGUGCUCCCGGUACAACUUUGCGUCUGGCGUGUGGGAAUCCGUUGGGUUCGGCCCCGAAUUUGACAUCAAUGACGACAACUGCGCCCGGUCGGGGAUCUCGAUGGCGCGCACGGUGACUUUUGUCAGCAUCACGAUGUCCGAAGUCGUGCGCGCGUACACUGUCCGCUCGUUCACCGCGCCCGUGUGGGUUGGAAUGUUUGAAAACAAGUACCUCCACGUCGCGGCCGCCCUGUCGCUCGCGCUGACGCUCGGUCUCAUUCACAUUCCCGGUGUCAAUACGGUGUUUGGCCUGGUCCACCUCAUGGCAUGGCAAUGGCUCCUCGGGUUUGGCGGGCCCGUCCUUACGAUCGUGUUUGCCGAGCUGCUCAAGUGCGCCAGCCACGUCGUGCUUCGCCAGCCGUAGUCUAGCUUUCGUUGGUGUUUGGGCGUCAAUCUAGCUGCUCGAUAA